UACCGCCCCACGGCAAAAGUAGUCCUCUCAUAGCGGUAUUCGUAGCCUUGUUUUCGCGAGGGACGGCCGACGAACACGUUGCGAUCUACGUGCACGUGUUGAAAUCACGUUGAAAUUAUAUCGUGCAUCGUGGUAUAAAACCAGCAUAAUAUUGUUUCCUGAACGAAGACUUUAUUUAAUCAAAGAACAUUGGUAGAAAGAUUUUUGUUUUAAACGUCACAGAAAGAAGAGAGAAUAUCGGCUUGUCCUAUAUCUUUACUUUUGGCGGCAAUUUUGAACAUAGUUAAUUUUCUGGUGUUACAAAACCAAUGAUAAAGAAUAGAUUUAAAAUUGACUUAUGUUUCAUGUAAUCAUAUUUCUUAAGAAAGAUUACAAUAAUAACAUAUAAAGUGUAUCGACCAAAAAAGGAGAACAUAGAUCGUUGACUACGAUCACUGAGUAGUGUGUGCGCGCGCGCGCACAUAUAUCCCGUAACGCUUAGGUAUUUAUCGUUAUUCGCUACGUUCUAUAAUGGCCGUCUCAGAAACAUCUCUUGAACUGAACAGAUGAAACAGAAAACGUAUGAACAUAGAAGAGCUAUUAUUCUAGUUUUCGAAGAAAAAACAAGUGGCGGGAGAGAGUGCAGAGUGGACGUUUCUGUGGAGAAGCCACGUGCCAUUCGUGAGUUAGGUGGAGUCCCAUGUGCAAAGUGGGUGGAGGCUGCAUCGUGAGGCUGCCUUCCCCGUUAUCGCAGAUUAAACGCUCUUCAAAUGAGCGUUUCCAUAUACUGCAAAAUAAAUAGUUAACUUAGUUCAGUAUAGCAAAGAAUGGAUUCCUAGCAUAAAAAUAUUCAACAUAAAUCUAGCAUUAUUAGCAUUAAGAAUAAAUUACAAAUAUAUUCACCAUGAAGCGAAGUUUGGAUGGACGAAAUAUCUCUCAGGAGGAGAUUGAUGACCAUGAUCCUUUACAAACACAACAACAACAGCAACAACAGCAACAACAAGAUGAAACUGAACAGCAACAACAAUUAGAACAGCAAACUGGACAACCUCAAAUUCGUUUUUUAAGUGCAAAUGUUUUGCAGCAUUUACAGCAACAGCAAGAUGUCCAGCAACAAACACAACAACAACAACAACCACAAGUUAUUACUUUGCAGCAAUUGCAAAAUUUUGUGCCUUUACAGACUCAGCAAUCACAGCAUGAUCAACAAAGGGCACAAACUAUUUCUGUGCAGUCUUUACCUCAACAAUUUUUACAGGGUGCUCAAUUGAUUAGUACUCAAACUCAAGCUGCGCUUCAGCAACAACAACAACAAACACAGCAACAGCAAACACAGCAGCAACCACAACAGCAGCAACCACAACAACAACUCAGUUAUAGUGUUAUACCACAGAUGCAAACUGUUAACAUUGAUGGUCAAGAGGCACUUUUCAUUCCAUCUUCUGCCAUGUCUGCUGCAGGAGGACAUCAUCAAAGUCAACCUACAAUGCAAUUUGCCACUGCUAAUGGACAACAAGUCCAACUUGCUAGCCAGCAAGUACAGUUGGCUAAUGGUCAAACUAUUAUUACACCACAACCAGUUAGUUUAAUAAGAGCACCAAAUGUCUUUCCCACUUCUAUUAUACAGAAUAUCACUGGACAGACUGUACAACUACCAACAGGACAAAGUGUACAAGUUAGACCACUUCAAUUUCCUAUGCAACAUGUUCAACAAACUGUACCUGUGCAAGUACCAGUUACAGCUAGUAAUGGACAGACAGUUUAUCAAACUGUUCAUUUUCCUGUUCAAGCAUUAUCCAGUGUUUUUAAUGUGCCUGCCACACAAAUGAUACCACAAAUCACACAACAAAUUCCACAAGUGGCUCAAAUAAUUACACCAAAUGGACAAAUUCAACAAGUUCAAAUUGCUAAUUUACCACAACUUCAAAGUUUACAGAGUCAACAAGUAACGCAAGUAGCACAACAACAAGCACAACAACAAGUAGUGCAACAACAAACUCAACCACAAGUAGUACAGUCUGUACAGCAACAGCAACAACAACAACAACAAGCAGCGCAAGCUCAAGUACAACAACAACAACAGCAACAAGUACAACAAGUUGUACAACAAGUAAUACAGCAACAGCAACAACAACAAGUUCAACAAGCACAACAAUCAUCUGCCGCACCGUCAUCAACUGUAGCGACUUGGAGCACAACAGUAACAACUCCAAGUAAUGUCCAGGUACUUGGAAUUGGUGCACUUGGAAGACCAAUGCAAGGAAACAGUAACGUAAUUACUACGAAAGAUGGACAGAAAAUUGAUGUGCAAACACUGUCGGCUUUAACAAGACCACCGGAUUCGGUCGAAGGUGAUAUAAAAGUAACCAGUAUUGAUGCCAGACAAUUAGCUAGUGGUCAAGUUAUACAUAUUCCUGCUCAAUCAACACAACCUGCUGUUCAACCUAUAACAAUUGCAGGUACACAAGCCCAACAGCUAACUUUAAUUCCUGCAUCUGCGUUAGCAAAUUUAACUGCCCAGCAAGGUAACAUGAUAAGGGGCGUUGGUAGUGGAAGUAUAAUGCAACUUCAACCUGCCGGCGGAAUGAAUGCGACAAAUGGUUUUCUUCAGUCGAUACCUGUGCAAAAUAUUCCAGGUUUGGGUAAUGUACAAGUUAUACCUGCAAGUGCUCUUCAGCCUGCUACUGUUCAAACGCUACCUGCAACAGCAGCUACACCUAUUGUCGCUGCUCCAACCGUGCAAUUAGAUUCAAAUGAUCCAACAAAAUGGCAAAUUUUGCAAACUCUUCAGUCAAACAACACAUUGGCAACAUCUACUCCUACAUCACAUCAGCAUCAAGUAACAACUGCAACGUCUGCGAAUAUUGAAACGGAUUCUAAUAAGCAACAUCGUAGGAGAGUUGCUUGCACAUGUCCUAAUUGUGGUGAUGGUGAUAGGAAUAGAGAUAUGACUAGAAAAAGGCAACAUGUUUGCCAUAUAGCAGGCUGUAAUAAAGUAUAUGGAAAAACAAGUCAUCUUCGGGCUCAUUUAAGGUGGCAUACCGGAGAACGACCAUUUGUUUGUAGUUGGAUAUUUUGUGGUAAGAAAUUUACUAGAUCAGAUGAGCUUCAGAGGCAUCGUAGAACUCAUACUGGCGAAAAAAGAUUCCAAUGUCCGGAGUGUACUAAAAAAUUUAUGCGAUCAGAUCAUUUGACGAAACAUAUAAAAACACAUACGAAGAUUCGAAGUACGGAAGCCGCUACUUCGACGCAGGAAGGUUCUUCCGACAGUCAAUCUUCCACGGAAGAAAAAAUUAUUAUUGCUCUCAAAGAGACGGAACAAUCUGAUAUCGUUAUUUCCGAGCAAAUAGAUGAAAUAAAACCUCAACUGGCGAAUCAUGUAACAAAUGAAUAAAAAAAAAAGAAUCAUGUUUUUCUCCGCCUUUAAAAGGUUUAGGAAUAAAAGAACUUGUUAAAACAUUGAUUGUUAUGUUAACAACGUCGAAGAAAAAUUAAAAAAUCUAAAUAGUGUUAUGUUGAUUAUGGCGGUUUGCACAGAUCUUGCAAUUAUUUUUUGCAAUGAAA